AUGCCUGAUCAACCCGAGACUUCUUUCAGUAGUAGAAAUUCUCAUGAAGAUGUUAGCACGAAAAAAAUCAAUACUGAUGUUGUUCCGAGACUGAAGAGCUUGCAUUUCUCUCAAACCACUAAACCAUCAAAAUCAGCAGGACCAUCAUUCGAAAAAGCGGGAAAUAAUUUAAGAAUUUCCACAGAGUUCCAUAAACAUGUUUGUAAAGUAGCAUGGAAACAUCUUGCUUGUGUUGAUAAGCCGUCGAUACCGCAUAUCGAAAUCGAGAUGAAAUUUGGUAUUAUAGCAGACAAGAGAACGCAUCACAGGAUAGCGCCAUACAACAAACCUUUCAUUGUUCAAAACAGGAAUGGUCGCUUAAUAUCUAACGUUUCUGAAAAAACGUUCUCAAAUUUCCAAGAGUUACUCCAUUUGAAAUCAAACAAUAUAAGUAAAAGGCUAAGGACAGUGAAACAGGUACAAACGCAUACGAAAGAUUCGAUAUAUAACUGUAACAAUGUCUCAAAAGUCGCCAAAUUAACUUCCUGGCGUUGUUCAGAAAACCUAAGAGACAAAGAAGUUAAACCUACUUUUAUUAAAAAGAUCCGUGUCAAGGAUUUUCUUAUUCGCUAUCCUCAAAGUUCAUUAGACGCUAAGAUUAGCAUCAGUCUUGAAGUACCUGAAUACGAAAAGUCAGCCGCUUUCAGGAACCACUCUAUUCUACAAAGAGUUAAGAACCGUUACUCCUACAGCUUCAAUGAUAAGGUACCUUUACACUUGGAUUUGACAAAAGUUACCACAACACGAAGGGGCUCCUCUCGUCAAUCCACGACCCAUGAAGUGGAGGUAGAAAUGGAUCCUAUAUUCAAGCAGACAAUUUUUGCGAAUGAUAAGGAGAAGUUUAAUGAGUACAUGUGCUUGUUUUUGAAUACAAGCGAUCUCAUACGCAAGGCUGCUGAACGCAAUAAUAUGGAAACGGCAUGA